UGAUAUGUUUGAUUUACAGACAUCAUGGCAGAUGCAAAUAACCAGGAGAAAAUGGGGUUGCUCUUGAAGAACGUAAUCCUGACUACGCUCAGCGAUGAAGACAUGCAGAAGGAAAUGGCCGUGCACGUCAAGUCCAUCCUGGCCCGUCCUGAGGUCAGGGACGCUGUCCUGGCUGUCCUACAGGAGCUGUUCAACGAGCCCAGGGUGCAACAGGAGGUAGCAGACUUUUUCAAGAGGGUGCUGGCAUCAGACACCGUACAGGGGGAGGCCACAGAGCUGGGUCGUACCAUCUCCUCCAGUCUACUGAGGGAUGACGGACUACAGAAAGAGGCAGGCGACAUGAUGUGGGGUGCCUUCAAGUAUUCGUUCACCCCCACGUUUGUACCAUGGACCAGUUCCGAUGGCAAAAAGGACAGUUGACACAGGGAUGUCUCCAGCUGUAAAUUUUCCCAUUCAUGAUCCUGGGAGCCUUUGUUGUUUUCAGGUUUCAAAAAUACAUUUUUAUCAAUUUUAUGUCAUGAAGUGCAGAUUGUCUUGGACGGACAGGUUGAAAUUUUUGUCCAAGUAGCAAAAUUUAGAGUGAUAGUUCCUGGAGACAGCUCUUUAAGUUAUGUUGACACCUUCUUUACGUAGUACAGUCAAACCUGCCCAAGCAACUACCUCUUCUUAGCGACCACCUGGCCAUUACGACCGCUUUUUCUUGGUCCCGAAAAUUUUCCCCAUUGACGUAAGCAUUAAGCGACCUCUUCACAACGACCACCUGGCCAACGUGACCGCGACCGCCAAAAAUUGGGACCAAAUCCCUGCCCAUAACGACCACGUCAUUUCAGAUCUUGAGGUGUCAUCGAUUUUCAAUGAUAACUAGCAAUAUUUUGUGCCAAAUUCGGCCAGUUUGUGUCAGUUUUUGACUACCAUUAUGAUGUUAUGUUCAAAAUAAAGAUAGCGGCGGAUGCACGUGCGUUUGAUUGCUAUUUGCCAUUAAACACAAUGGAAACCAUUUAAACUUUGCAUCGGGCAUGUUGUGAGUCGAUACUCUUCUAACCAACCACCUGACCGAAUCGACCGCUUUUGCCCGGUCCCCCAGGUGGUCGUCUUGGGCAGGUUUGACUGUAUUGUCAAACUGAUACUUGAGUCAGAGUCAGAUGUCAUAACUGUUCAUUAUGACCCCCAUUCCAACAUUGUGGAAAAUAUACACACUUAAAGCUAUGUCUAAUAUUAGAAAUAUGUUUAUCAUUACUUUUUUUCUUCAUCUUGAGAACUCCUGGGUUGCCAGGUAACAAAAGAUGCAAAUUCAUAAUAUGGCAAAAUAGAAGUGCAUUGAAUUUCUUUCUAGCUGUCAUCAAUGCUAGUCUGGAGCAUUUCAAGCUGUACUUCAAACUUUUCAGGUCACCAAAUGGAUGUUGUAACUAAUAUAAUGGUAAAUUGGUAUACGUACCAAUCAGGUUCUUGUAGUAAGGUGUAUAAUGUAUGUGUGUUACCAAACCAAAGUACCCUCUCUUGUUGGUGGAAGUGAAACAAAAGUGUGGAAUGACUCUUUUCUUGUACUGUAUCCAAAUAUUGUUAAUGAAUUGUGAGAUGUGCAGCAAAUAUUAAAUCCUCCAUAGCAUUUGAG